UGAAAACAUAUUCUAUUCUAUAAAGGAAAACUCAAAAUGGCUGAUAAGGAUAAAGAAAAAAAUAAUUAUGUAGAAGAUGAAGAGGAGCCGCCACAGCGGGCAGAACGCGUAGAUCAGGGCACUCAGCGCUCGGGUCGUCGCCCACUGCCGCCGCCACGCCCACAGCGUAACCAGGCGCCAGACGAGGAGCCGCCAUCCCCUAGUGGUCGCCAUAUAAUCCUGCCGCCGAAAGUUAACGAGUCGCAAGAUCACACUGCUCCAGGCUCGCCUAGCCCAUCCACCCAGCCGCUGACCACAGAACAGGCGUCCCCACCACUAAAGACGGGCAUAGCACGACUUUUUAGGCGUAAACAGAUCUACGAUGGAGAUCGCGGCGAAUCAAAUACCGAGCCUGAAACUAGACGUAGAUCAAUAUCUGACAGACAGGGCAUGAGAACGAAAGCAUCGCGCAUUCUGUAUACAACCGACGAGGAGGUGCGCGAUGCACUCAUGGAAUUUGCCGUCUUUAUCAUAUUUCUCGUCUUAACUUCUUUGGUCACGCUCUCAGUUCGUCAUCCCUACAUGUUCUAUUUUAAUGAUACGAUAAAGAAACUUUUCACAACCCGUGAUAUGAUUAUAGUUCCCUCGGUCACUAUAUCAUUUGAAAAGAUCCUGACCAUACCGGACUUUUGGGACUAUUUAGUCUAUAAUUUUUUAGUAAAUCUACACGGCGAUAUGACAGGCAUAAACUCGAACCUUCAACAAAUUGACAACCCAGAUGUUUCGAUAACUGAACCUGGAGGUGGACCUGGAGGUGGACCUGGAGGUGGACCUGGAGGUGAUCCUGGAGGUGGAUCCGGAGGUGGACCCGGAGGUGGACCCGGAGGUGGACCCGGAGGUGGACCUGGAGGUGGACCCGGAGGUGGACCUGGAGGUGAACCUGGAGGUGGACCUGGAGGUGGACCCGGAAGUAAAUCUGAAGAAGACCAAGUUGUUAAUGACGAUAACCCAAUACGCAAAGAUAAACGUCAAGCACAUACGGGGAACACAACGAAUCUGCUAGGUAGAGUCUUUUUGCAUGAGAACCUAUUGCUGGGACCGCCCCGACUGCGGCAGAUACGUGUGCGCAAAGAUAGCUGCAAUGUUAACGAUGCCUUUAUACGUUACUUCAACACAUGCUAUGCAGAGUAUUCAUCAGGAACGGAGGAGAUUGUAGACUAUCACAUGGGCACCCCAUUUAGAACGAUGAAGGACUUAGACUCGACUCCCUUGUGGACACAAUUGAAUUUUUAUCGCACUGGCGGCUAUACCGUCGACUUAUCCUUUAGUAAGCAGAAAAAUCUACGGACUAUCAAAAGAUUGAUGAAUGAACAUUGGCUGGAUCGCGGCUCGCGGCUUUGCCUGAUCGAGUUUAAUUUAUAUAACGCAAAUACAGAUAUAUUUCAGAGUGUAAAAUUUAUUGCGGAAAUACCGCCUACUGGGGGUGUCAUACCUCAGAGUCAGCUGCAGACCGUGAAAGAACUCUCAUUUUUAACUGAUCGAAGUCUGUCCAUGACCUGCGUAAUUAUAUUUUGGUAUGUUAUGGUUGUAUACUACACCAUUUCGGAAAUAACUGCAAUACGCAGAAUUGGCCCCAAGAAUUACUUUAAGUCAAUAAUGAAUAUACAGGAUUUACUUAUAUUGGUCUUUGCAUAUCUGGCUAUGAUCUAUAACGUUUGGCACAUGUUUAAGGUGAGUGGAAUUGUAGAUGCAUUAAAGUCCAAAGAAAAGUACCUGAGUUUGGAUACUUUAUGUUUGUGGAAUACUAUAUAUGUGGAUAUGAUGGCCAUUUUGGCAUUUCUCGUUUGGGUUAAGAUCUUUAAAUUUAUUAGUUUCAAUAAGACGCUCGUGCAGUUUACAACGACAUUGAGACGUUGCUCGAAGGAUUUGGCUGGCUUCAGUCUCAUGUUCGGCAUCGUUUUUCUGGCAUAUGCCCAGCUGGGUCUCCUGCUGUUUGGCACUAAGCAUCCAGAUUUUCGCAAUUUCCUGACAUCUAUUUUGACCAUGAUACGCAUGAUUCUGGGCGACUUUCAAUACAAUCUCAUUGAGCAGGCUAACCGUGUGCUGGGACCCAUUUACUUCCUCACUUACAUUCUGCUGGUCUUCUUUAUUCUGCUGAAUAUGUUCUUGGCCAUCAUCAUGGAAACGUACAAUUCGGUAAAGAGUGAAAUAACUCAGGGUCGCAGUCAGCUGGGCGCAUAUGUCUAUAAGAAAAUUUCAGCUUUCUUCUAUAUGAUUAGACACUGUGGACGCAAGCGUCAAAAUCAGGUCCUGCCACAGCCGACUGAAACCGAAGAAGAUUUAGGCACUGAUAUGGCUAACAAUCCCUACCAACCGAGGGAAAGAAUUCAUUUACGCAGAAAUCUAACGGAAGCCGAGGCGCACUAUUUCGCAGAUGUACCUAAUGAAGUCAGGAAUAAGGAUAUGUACCGUCUCAACAAUCGCGUUUCUUUGCUGGAGGAAAUUCUGGAACAGCUGGUUACCAAUAUGGAUACCAUUUUAAAGCGGGUGGAAAGCGAAAUUAAGAAAAACAAAUGAAGCUGGGUCUAUAGAGUUUCUGUAGCUUUCAAUGAUUAG